AUGGAAAAUGAAGAGAAUGAAGAGAAAAAUAGUAAAAAGGAGGAAGAAGACCUUGAAAAAACAAUAAAACAAGAAGAUAUAAAUCAGCAAAAACAAUUAUUUACUGCUUGCGAGGAUGAAAUAAAAGAAUUUGGGGAAGAAUCAAAACUUGUAAAUGAAUCUGUAGAAGAACAGGGAACUAAUAAUGUAAAUGAUCAUUUUUAUGUCAGAUUUUAA